AUUAUCUUUGGCCUUAUCAGUAUCAUCAAUAAUAUACCGGCAUCAUUAUUAUUAGAAAUUUUUUUCAAAAAGAUAUUUACCUAAACCUUAAAACAGUAUUAAUUAAUCAUCAUCAGUGGCACUGAGUCCUUUGAAAAAUUCACACAUAUAAUGGCAACAACAACGAAAACGACAACAAAACAAGAACAAUUCAUCAAUGAUCUUGUACAAUUUUAUCGUAAUCGUGGAUUUUCCGCGGCCCAUCCAUCAAAAUUUAUAGCAAGAUUGAAUGGAAAAAAUGUCGAUCUUUCUGAAUUGUAUGCACGUGUUUUAGAAUUCGGUGGUAGCUAUAAAGUGAAUCAAUUCAAUCUUUGGGAUGAUGUUUAUUUCAAAUUAUUCAAUACAAAUUACGUUGGAGCCAAUUUUGCUGUUGCAUUACGACAGAUUUACAAUCGUUAUCUAUUGCAAUAUGAAAAAUCUUGUAAUGGAAAUUUUAGUAGCGAACAAUGGAAUGAAAAUGAUGAUGAUGAUGAAAAUGCAAUUUUUUCCAACUCUUAUCACCACCAUCAAAACAAUCAUCAAAAUUCAUUGAAUCAAGCACCAAUUUGUGAUUAUUUAAACAAUAUUACUGAAUCCAAUGGUCAGAUACAUAAUGAUAGUAAAUUAUAUUGUUCACUAUUAAGUGGCCUUCCAAAUGAACUACAAUUUGCCUAUAAUGUUGCCACCAUAUUAACCAAUAGUCAUCGAUUCAAUUGGCAUAAUGAUUUCAAAUUUAUUAAUAUUUUAGUUGAAUCAAUUAAAUCCUAUUGUUGUGUUUGUGAUCAUUAUGACGAAGAACAACAAUUUGGUCGUGAAGAUUUUACUGAUGAAGAUGAAAUUCUCAAAUUAGAAUCAGUGAUUAAAUCAAAUUUUCAAACGAAAAUCGAAUCCAAUGAAAACUUUGAUAUGAAGAAAUCGACGAAUAAAUUGAAUGGUGGAAUGUCCAAAAUGGAUGAAUAUGAAAUACCAAAAUUGAAGAAAAAUUCUAUCGAAAUCAUUGAACAUAAAUGUAGUUGUUUUCUGAAAUUUUGGCUUCAAACAUGUUCGAAUGAAGAAUUGUUAAAUUUAAUGUUUUAUGAAUCAUCCGAUGAUAUAGACUUUGAUUCGAUUGGAUUAUUUUAUUAUAAAGAUUUUCCACCACAUUUAUAUCGAAAGAUUGAACAAAGAAUAACUUUGAUCGCUGAUAUGAUAAGAAAUGUUUCAUUUACAUAUGAUCAAAAUGAUGAAUCGAAUCAUGUGGCUAUGACACCUUUAUUAAAACUACUCACACUUUUAUUUUGUUCAGAUAAUGUUAAAUUUAUCAACAUUUCUUUGGACAUUUUAUCAAAUAUUGCACCAGCUUUGUCAUUUUCUUUUGCAAGACCUUAUGAACAAAAAUUUCUAACAUUGCUGCAUAUUUUAUUCAAACGUAUUGUUGAAACAUCAUUGAAUAGCAAUAACAUACAUGAUACAACAAAAUCAUUUGAAAUUAUGGCCCGUUAUAUUUCAGCUACAAAUAAUGAAGCUAAUAUGUUGCUGGAAAUGCACUUUAAAAAUGAUCAAAUAUAUGAAAGGAUAACACAACUUCUUACUUGUCAUUAUGAUAUUGCAUUAGUAUUGGCAUUGUUGGAAUUUUGUCUCGUACUUUCUGAAUCUCGUCCGAAUGUACUAAUCAAUAAUGAUAGCAGAACAUUUUUGAAAAUUUUAGUCAAUCUAUUGAAUUGUCAAGCUGCACAAUAUUUCACUACAGGUGCAUUACAAAAAAUCAAAAUUAUCGACACAAGACCCAAUGAAGAAAUUGUUCAUCGUCCAACUCAAAUAAUUCUCAAUAAUCAGAAUAUUUCUGUGACCACAACCAACAACACAACAACAAUUAUAUCGCAUCCUCAAGCUACACUACUUCCAAAACAACAACAACAACAACAAUCUCAAUUCACAAUACAAUCGAAUUCGAAUGCUCCAAUCAUUAAUAUCGCUAAUCAUCAAAUCCAACAACAACAACAACAACAGCAGCAGCAACAACAACAAUUAAUACAGAAGCCACUAAUUACAUCGAUACCGAACACUACAUUAAAUCUUAACAUUUUAGAUAAUGAAUCAUUUGCUAUAAAUUGGUUACGAAUGACCUAUGAAGAAGUGAAUGUAAAAUGUUCACUUAAAAUCAAUGAUAUCUAUGCUGAAUAUGUCAAAUAUUGUUGUCGAAAUUCUCGUCGUAAUGUUAUUGCUGCUCAAUCAUUUAAUUUUCUUCUCAAACGAUGUUUUCCACAGUGUCAGAUUAAUCAACAACAGCAAUCGGUGGAAGGUUUAAAUCUUAAAAUGACUAUGACAAUGAUUGAAGAUCAGAAAAAACCAUUGAUGACCAAUGUUGUCAACAAUCAGAUGUCUCCGAUAUUGAAAGCACAUUUAAGUACACCACCAAAAACUCAAUUACCAGAUGGUACAAUAACAAAUGUGGUGACAACACCGGCGGCAUCAUCUGUUACAUCUCAGACACCAACAAACGCAUCAACAUUGAUAAAAAGUUUGUUGGCUAAUAAACUUCGAAGUAAUCAACAACAACAACAACAACAACAACAGCAAACGAAUAUUGUUGCCACCAUUCAACAACCAACAACACAUAUAGCUGCAACUCUUGCGACACAAACCACUCAAGAUGUAUCAAAACCUCUGAUGACUGAAUCACAACCUCAACAUCAGCAGCAACAACAACAACAACAACAGAAAAACAUUAUAAUAGCACAGAAUUCGCCGGCUACAUCGUUUGCAUUGACCACACCAACCGUUAUCGGUAACAACAUUAUUGUUCCGACUUCAAUUCAUCAAUCAUCACCACAAGUUUCCAAUCCACUUCAAGGUUCACAACAAAUCUUCCUAGUUCGUACCUUUAUAACAGGUCAACAAAAUUCGAAUACUCCUGUUCGAUUAUUGUUACCAGCUUCAAUGAUUCAACAACGAUUCCCAGUUCCACCAUGUUCUGGAACGAAUACAAUCAAUAUCAAUGGUAUAACAGCAGCAACACCGACAGUUGUUCAAACUGCAAUUAAUAAUUCCAUACAAACAGCUAAUCUGAUUUCACAACAAUCAUCUGUACCUCAGCAACAAUUUUUAAUAUCACCAGCAACAACUACAACCGCUGGACAUACUGUUCCAGUAAUUGUUUCGACUAAUAUGACAAUACCUUCACAAUCUAAAUCAGCUCCAAUAGUAGCAACAACACCUGUCAUGAAAAAUUCAUCCAUUGCUAAUUCAUCACCAUUGUUGAAUGUAUUGUUGGACAAAGGAAAGCUGCCGGAUUUUCCUAAUCAACAGAAUAAUUCUUCGGCCACUCCUACGAUUGCAGCCAUAACUUUGAAUACAACAACCACAACGCCUCAGCCUCAGAUAAUUCCCACGGUUACAACUGUGCCAACAACAAUUGCCCAACCGAUAAAUACUACGAUUAUACAAAAUCAUCCACUUACAUCAGCACCAAAUUCUAAUAUAACACAACCUAAAAUGAUAAUUCUUGCACCGAAUAAUCCAACACCAGCAUCGAAACCUGAAUUACCUACGAAAGUAAUUGUUCCUGAUGUCAAACCUGCAUCAAAUUUAGCAAUACAACAAGCACUUGGGAACAAUAUUCGAUUAACCACUACAACGUCAACAACAACACCGGUGACCAUUGUAAAUGGUGACAUGAAAACACCUGGAAAAAUGAACAUUCUGACAUCGACUAACGCCGAAAUUCCAAUAACCCAUACAAAACAUCCAUUAGAAAAUCAAACAACCACCGAACUAAACAAAAGAUUGAAACCUAAUGAACCAUCAUCAGUUGUUCAAAAGAAAACUAAUGGUAUCAACCCAUUGGCAACACAACAAGAGAUGGCCAAGAUACCAACAUCGAAUGUACAGAUUAAAAUCGCUGAACCGAAACAAGUUCAUCCAAAUAAUCCAUGCAUCGAAUUCGAAUGUCAAUGGAAUAAUUGUCAAAUGAAAUUCUCAAGGGCAUCGGAUGUUUUCUAUCAUGUACAUUCUCAACACAUAAUGACGCCUUCGUGUCCAAAUUUUAUGAAUUGUCUUUGGGGUGGUGCAGAAGGACGAGGACCAGGAUGUCUAUCGAAACGGCCUAAAUUAUCUUUACUCACACAUUUGCAGGAUUAUCAUUGCAACCCGAAUGCAUUGAAACAAGAAUUAGAACGAAAAAAACAAUUAGCAUCGACUGGUACAACCAACAUUAUAAUACCAGCUCCACCAGCCCACCCUGGUUAUGCACAAAAUGCAGCUAUGUUAGCCAUUCGUCGUUAUACAAAUAAAACACUGCAAGAAGCAUCGGAACCAAUCACUCCACUAACACCAUUAACAGUUAGUAUCCGUUUGACAACAGCAUUAAUAUUGAGAAAUUUGGCCAAACGAUCUCAUUUCAUUAAAAAAUCACUUGAAUUGUUUGAAUCACAGCUUUGUGAAAUAUCAGCUGCUGAAGGCCGAGAUGAAUCACGAACAAUUGCCCAAUGUUUGGCUGUCUUAAAUGAACAUAAAUAAUAAUUAUUAUUCGUUUUAAUCGAUGAUUUUUGUACAUAGAAGAAUAAUAGGAUUACAAAAAUGAAUUAUUUUUCAUCAAUUUCAUCAUCACAUCAUCCACGGAUUCAUUGUAAUUAUUUUGACA